AUGGCUGCCGAUAACCAACCAGGACGACUUUCUUUCGGCAGCGAGGGCCAAGCUUCAAUCCGAGACGGCGACUCGCACUUCUCAUUCUACGAUGAUAUGCAAAGAAGCCCAUCGCCAACACUGAUGACGCGACCCUCGAUAAGCAGCUUGAGCACAACAACCGCGGGGUACGCCCAGCUGCGCGAGGUCAAUAUUGACAGCGCUGCCGAUGGUGUUGAUGAUGAACUAGACCCCAAGGAAAAUGUUCAUCACCAAAACCAGGCGCUCAUUGAUCACGAUGGGCGGCAGUCGGUAAAUGCACACGACGGUGAGGAUGAGGAUGAGCAUGAAAAAGGAUCAGCAUCUGGUGUCGGUGAUGGCACGAAAGCAGCAGCGGAGCCUGGCGCCCUAGACAGCAUGUCUUCCGCUUCUGGAUCUGGGAGAUCAUCGCGACACUCGUCUCAAUCGACCUGA